GUCAGUGGCGAAAUUGUAAUUUUUUGUCCAUUUCAUGGCCCUCUUUGAAACUGAAGCACUUCCUUCGCUUGAAUACAGUAUUUGAGAAUUGAGUUUUUUUUAACAUCAAAAUUACACAUGAUGGAACGCAAACAGAAUCAAACUCCACAAGGCCAAACAGCACGAGUUUUGGUUGAAUUUUUGGAGGUGGCUAUUACUUGUGUUGUUUUUCUCAAAGGGGUUUAUCCUUCAGGUGCCUUUGAGAGGAGAAGGUAUAUGAAUGUGGUGGUUCAAAGGGCUUUGCAUCCUCAGCUUAGAUAUUACAUACAUGCUACUGUUUCAGGGCUUCUUCCAUUUUUACAGAAGGUUCUCAGUGCCUUCAUCAUUGGGCUUCAAGUGCACAUUUGUGGCUAUAACAUAGCUCAGCCAUAUCCUGUACCUAACCCAUCGGAGCAAGGACACCCAUUGAUACCCACAUCUCCAAUUGGCCAACUCUCAGAGCCAUGCUAA